AUGGGAACCGUGCUGUCUCUAUCACCCAGCUACCGGAAGGCGGCCCUCUUCGAGGAUGGGUCGGCCACCGUGGGUCACUACACGGCGGUGCAGAACAGCAAGAACGCCAAAGACAAGAACCUGAAGCGCCACUCGCUCAUCAACGUGCUGCCCUGGAAGCGGAUCGUCGCCGUGUCGGCCAAGAAGAAAGGAUCCAAGAAGGUGCAGCCCAACGGCACCAACCAGAACAACGUCACCCAGCUGAACAAUGAGAACCUGAAGAAGUCUCAGUCCUGUGCAAACCUGUCCACCUUCACCCAGGACCAGACCACCCCGGCCGUCACCAAGAACUCCAACAACACGGUGUCGUCCGUGAAGAAGGCUCCUCUGACCAACUCCAACGUGGUCCCCGGGACCCCCAAGCGGGUGAUCGUCCAGGCCUCCACCAGCGAGCUGCUGCGCUGCCUCGGGGAGUUCCUGUGCCGGCGCUGCUACCGGCUGAAGCACCUGUCGCCCACCGACCCGGUGCUGUGGCUGCGCAGCGUGGACCGCUCCCUCCUGCUGCAGGGCUGGCAGGACCAGGGCUUCAUCACCCCGGCCAACGUGGUCUUCGUCUACAUGCUGUGCCGCGACGUGGUCUCCUCCGAGGUGGCCACGGAGCACGAGCUGCAGGCCGUGCUGCUCACCUGCCUCUACCUGUCCUACUCCUACAUGGGCAACGAGAUCUCCUACCCGCUCAAGCCCUUCCUGGUGGAGAGCUCCAAGGAAACCUUCUGGGACCGCUGCCUCUCCAUCAUCAACCUGAUGAGCGCCAAGAUGCUGCAGAUCAACUCGGACCCGCACUACUUCACUCAGGUGUUCGCUGACCUGAAGAACGAGAGCCAGAAAGAGGAGGAGAGGAGCCGCCUGCUCAUCGGCCUGGACCGGUGA